GGAAUGAUUUUGAUGGAGUGAGACAUUGCUGUCACGGGAUAUUUAAAAAAAAAAAAAGAAAAAAAAAAGUGGGACCACAUAUCAAGAAACAACUUCUCUCUUAAACUGCAUCAAACAGCAUUAUGGAUGGAAUAGACACCCUGCAGAGCUCUGCGCCAGAGACCAAGGCUGAGCGAAUUGCUCGCUACAAGGCAGAAAGAAGGAGGGAGUUGGCUGAGCGCUAUGGCAACACAGAGGAGUUCACCUCAAAAUACGUCCUUAGGGAAAGGAAAACUGCAGGCACAUCUGAAACAAUGUCUUCAGCAACUAAGGAGAAAGAAAAAUGUGAGGAUAAUGGAUCAGAGCAAACGUACACCAGGAGGGGCUUCAGGAGUAAAGUAGCAGAACCUGUUGAGCCUGCUGAUGAUGAGUUCACCAAGAGAACUGUUCACCCCAAAACAGAAACGACUGCACCUUCAAAAUCAGAGGCUGUACCCUCCAUAAAGAGGUCCUCCCAUUCCAGGCUGCUGGAAACUGAUGACACAGAGGAGCCAAAGGUUGAUGAAAAGCCCGUGAACUCAGCCAAGAGGAGUGCAUCUUCCAACAUGUCCCUUUUUAAGGAAGUGGAGGGGAUGGAGGAUGGAAGGAGCAGCGGGCAAGUUGUUGAUAAAGGAAACCCUCAGCUAAUCAGCAGGGACGAAAAGGAAGCCUCAACGAGCCCCCCUAAACCUGAUACAGGCAAAGUAAUGGAGAAGGAAUCCACAGAUAAAUCUUCAUGGAAGCAACAGAAUGAAGAUACUGCCACUACAGAGGAGAAGUCUUCUAGUCUCCACUCUGACAGAGCUCUCCCACUCAGCAAGAACAGAGACGCCUCUCCCCCUCCCAGUCCUCCCUGCCAGUCUGCCACUGUGCUGCAGCGCCAAGACUCAGGGCCUCAAGGCAUCAAGGGAAUCCUAAAGAAAAGCCGCUCUACCAGUGUGGAGUCAGACCACAGUGACAGCGUCAUACCCGAUCGUGUGCCAGCACAACAAAGCAGUGUCACUCUAAGCCACUCUCAGAGUGAAGAGGGUAAGGAGGAGGUGGAGGAAGAAGUGCAGGAGGAGGAGGAGGUGGAGGAAGAAGUGCAGGAGGAGGAGGAGGAGGAAGAAGAGAUGGAAGGAGAGGUUAAUGGGGAAAAUGGCAAAGAGGAUGAGUCAUUAACAGACGAUAUCCCAGACGGAAGUUGCCUCACCAGAUAUCAUAGGGAGGGCAGCACCAGUAGCGGUGGAGGGAGCUUUGAGGAGAUGCGGAGUCCCUCACCUGAUGAGAGCCUAGAGAAGUCCUCCACAAUGUCAGAAGAUGUCGAGGAGCUAGAGAGCAGUUUGGAUUCAAGUCAGAGCUCGUCAUUCAAACAGAGACUGGCUGAGCUGAGAGAAGGUGAGGACAGUCCAAAGAAGCCGAGCGCGUCUCAAGGGAUCCAGACAUCACUGGCUGACCGCUUCAGCCAGCUCCACGAUGCUGAAAAUGCCUGGAAGAAAAAGAAGUCCGGCAUAGAUGUGGGGCCCAAAAUGUCGCUGGCAGAAAGGAUGAAGAUUCUCAAGGAGAAGGAGGAGCAGUGGAAGAGCAAAGGCAAAGGAGCAGCGAACGACUCGAUCCAGUUCACGGUGGCCGGACGCAUGGCCAAGAAAGGUCUCGUGUCAGGAAUAGAAGAGUCGCCCAUUCGCUCUCUCAAGAAGGCUAACGCAACACCUGUGAAACCUCUUGAAGAAAUCUCCAGCAGAACUGAUGUCAAAGUGGAAGGAGAUAAACGGCUCGACAAGCUGGAGUCCUUCCUAGACAAGCUUCACAAUAAAGGUGUGAGCAAAAGCAAAACCUCCACCAUCGAGGUGACGGCAGAGACGGAGAAGGAAGUGAUGAAGCUGGAUGACGAGGAGACGUUUGGCAACUUCUACAAAUCCGUCUCGCCCUCGGGAAUCCAGGACUCCGGAAUGGUCAUGACUGAGGAAGACCUCAGCCAGAUCCCGACCGAAACACCAAAGCUCACUUCAGUUGUAGCAGAACACAAGCGAGCGGUGCGACCAGCCAGAAGAAACCAAGGCUCCAGGAACCCUCUGCGAGCUUUGGCUGCCCGCAAUGACAUCAGGCAGGUCUACACCGAGCAGAGGCUUAACGUAGCCACCGUGGAGACCAAGAGGAUCCAAGUGGAGAGGAUGGCAAAACACUCGAACCUUGCCGACGUUGCCCUGGCCGGUCUUGCCAGCAAGGAAAACUUCCGCAAGGUCAGCCUGCGCAGUGUGAAGUCCACUGAUGUUGUGACCAACAACAGUGCAUUGCCUUUCAAUAAGCUCAUGCUUAUUCGCAUCAAAGGUCGGAGGCACGUCCAGGUGCGGCUGGUGGAGCCCACAGCUCACUCUCUAAACAGUGGUGACUGCUUUCUUCUGAUAACACCAAAGCACUGUUUCAUGUGGAGUGGAGAGUUCGCCAAUGUCAUCGAGAAAGCAAAGGCGUCUGAGAUGGCGUCGUUUGUUCAGGCUAAGAGGGACCUCGGCUGUAAAGCCCCUCAGGUGACGGUGCUGGAGGAGGGCAUCAACACUGACAGCAGAUGGGCCAAAGAGUUCUGGAGCCUGCUGGGUGGAAAGACCAAGUACAGAGGGGCGGGAGAGCCAGAGGAGGAUGAGCUGUAUGAGAGCGGUGUGGUAGACUCUAAUGGGGUGUACAGACUCCAGGGAGACAAACUGGUGCCUCACGAAGAUGCCUGGGCCUCAAUCCCAAGUGUGUCCUUGCUCGACUCUAAAGAGGUGUUAGUGUUUGACUUUGGCAGCGAAGUGUACGUGUGGCAUGGGAAAGACGUGCCCUUGAGCGAUAGAAAAGUGGCCGUCAAACUAGGCAAACAGCUCUACAGCGGCAGCUAUGAUUACAGUAACUGCAGAAUCAAUCCUUUAGAUGCUUCCUGCACAAACAACGAUGUGCCUCAGAAAGGGGAGGGUCGUCCAAGCUGGGCUCUGUUUGGCCGUUUGUCAGAGCACAACGAGACGUCCCUGUUCAGAGAGAAAUUCCUGGACUGGGCCGAGAGGAAAAAGGAGGAAAUGGCUCAAGCUGAGGAAGUUAAGAGCCCAGUCCACUCCAAUGUACGCCCUCCUCUUGACUUGGAGCUGCAGCCGUGUGAUACUACAGAUCUGCUGAACAAUGAGCCGGAGCCGGUGAAGAUGAUUCUGGAGGGGAUCGAUGCCCAGCGGGGUCACGGCCUGGUGAGGACGGAGGAUGGAAGGCAGGCAGAGCUGGCUACGGUGGCCGUAGAAGCCUGGCACAUAAAAGAGCACGGAGAGGAGGAAGUGCCUGAAGAAAGCCUGGGCCAGCUGCACGAGGGUGACGCCUAUAUCAUCCGUUGGAAGUACUCCAUCACUACGCUUGUGGGGAAGCGGCAGAAACCUGGGGAGCUGAGCUCUGGAGGUCCUGGAAGAGAGAGGGCUGCUUAUUUUUUCUGGCAAGGCCGUCACUCCAGCGCCAGUGAAAAAGGAACCUCAGCUCUCAUGACGGUGGAGCUGGGCAGCCACAGGGGCUCACAAGUGUUGGUAACUCAAGGAAAAGAACCUCCAUGCUUCCUGCAGCUCUUCCAGGGAGGUUUGAUUAUCCACAAGGGCAGUAGAGAGAACAGCACCAACAACACAGGAAGCUGGAGGUUGUUUUGUGCCCGUGGUGAAGCAGAGACGGAGGCCUCUUUGGUGGAGGUGGACUGCCAGCCUGACAGUCUGCGCUCUCGUGGCAGCCUGGUGCUGCUUAAUGUUGAGAAAGGCCAUCUGUACCUGUGGCAUGGCUGUAAAGCUCAUGCAAGUGCCAAACAGGUGGCCAAAAGAGCUGUGGACAAACUAACCCAGAAGUGUCCCUCAGAGUUGGGCCUGAGUCGCAGCAGCAGUGUGAGAGUCGAGGAGGUAGAGGAAGGAUCUGAACCUGCAGAGUUUGUGAAGGCUCUGGGCCUGAAAGACAAGAAAGCCUACGACUGUAUGCUGAACGAUCCAGGAAAGUACAACUACACACCCCGGCUCUUCCGGUUGAGUGCCAGCUCUGGGGUAUUCGAAGGGGAGGAGGUGCUGUAUCCCGCCAGGGUAACAGAAGGAGUCAUGGCAAUGCCUUUCCUGCAGGAGAACCUCUACUCUGCACAACAGCCAGCCUUGUUUCUGCUCGACAACCGUAUGGAGGUGUAUCUGUGGCAGGGCUGGCAGCCGGAAGACACGCAGCGCACCGGGUCUGCAAAGAUGCGCUGGGACAGCGAGAGGAAGUGCGCUAUGGAAACUGUGCUUCAGUACUGCAAAGAGAAGAAUCCUCGGCGCCCCCCUCUGGCCUAUCUUGUCCUAGCAGGCUGUGAACCCCUGACCUUCACCAACAUCUUCCCAUACUGGGAGAAGGACCCUAAUAUCACUUCAGUGGCUGGGAGCUCCAAGAAAGUGAUCUUGGUGAAAGAGGCUCUGUCCAAACUCAGUAAGCAGCAGUACUCCAUCGAGGAGCUGACCAGCAAACCGCUGCCAGAGGGAGUGGACCCUCUACGCCUGGAGGAUUACCUGUCUGACCAGGACUUCAAGAAACUUCUUGAGAUGAGUCGCGUUGAGUUUAACGCUCUGCCAAACUGGAAGCAAAAGAAUCUGAAGAAAAGCAAGGGUCUGUUUUAAAACCACAUAAUUUUCUUCACCCAUCUGUUGUUGUUUUACUUUUAAAAAAAAAAUACUUUCUUGCUUUGUACUAGGAAUUAAGAAAAGCAAAUGUACAAUCUUGUUCAAAUUUUUAUCUAUUUUUAAAACCUGUGCCAUUUUUUUCCCUUUAUCAGUGACAUUUAGCCAGUGUGCAAUUAAACUUUUUGAUUUAAAGAUUUUUUUUUUCCCCUUUUACAGUAAAUAGUUAUCCUCAUAUUAUAAAUGUGUAAUAUACCGUGAAUGUUUUGUUUUUUUUUUAGUUUCAUUUCUUGUUUAAAAUGUUUUUUGUGUAUAAAAAAAACACUGCCUGUGGUUUCUAAACUUUUUUUUUUUUUACUCUUUAUUUUUAUGAAAUACUUAAUGGGAAAAGCCACCUUUGUGUUAAGAAAUCAGUAGAAAUAUCGACAUGGUUUGAGAGCAGAGGAAGGAAAAACUGAAGGUCAGCGCACAAUUCCUGAAAUCUAUCAUUCCGAUUCUCUAAAACCAAAAUGAUGGUACAGAUCUGACUUUUGAAACACAAAGAAAAAUAAUCAAUUUUAACCAUUUUUAAAGGUUUAUAACCAAAAGAGAAAGGGGCAGAGGUGCUUGCAACAAAGUAAUCUGCAGAAUCUCCAAAGAUUCCCUCAUUGAUCAUUGUUAUUGAUUACACUUUGUUCCUUGUUCUUAUGAUUAAUGACUUGUUUGCCAGUGACGGCAGCCCUUCUGGUUGUCUGGGACCAAAUCUAAUCUUUGUCUUGUGUAUGGGUUUUUUUUUUUGGGGGGGGGGGGGGUUGAGCAAGAGUGCAACUUUAAAAGUAUUAAGUGGGUGUUCAGGAGAGAGACUGAGAAAGAAACUGUGCUGUAUUAACUGCCUUUUGCAGCCCGGCUCCCUGUAAUGAUAUGAUUACAUACAGGAUAUGCUGGUAAUAUGGCUGCCUGUCACAUCUGAAUUAGAACACGCGCUGCAUGGUGUUCACAACAGUGUCAGCAAUCAUGUAUUCAUUUGUUGCAAUAUGCAUGUUAUUGUGAUGAGAUCUGUAUUAUAUAGUUGGACAGUUACCAGGCCAACUUUUUUUUGUUUUGUUUUUUUUGGUACAUAAAGUAACACGUUGGUGGU